UGGAUUUGUUUUAUGUGAAAGAUUGAUCAUUUAACCAUCGCAUAAAUUAUACAACGGGCAUAGAAAAUGUUUUUUCAUUCAAUUAUUUUUUUAAGUUGAAAUCAAAUGGCGUAGCUUGUGCUGCGUGCUGCCCUGUGUCCUCCAUCGUGGUGCAACGGUUGUCGUAAUUUUAUAACGUUUUCUAUUUAUCGCAAUCAUUGAUGCUAAAGAGUUCACACCCGAGUAUUUUAGAGAUAUAACGCAGUUAUGACGUGUUUAGUUGUCCUUUUAAUAAUGUAUUUAAGUUGUUUUUAAUGACAAUUUUGUGGUUAUCUUACAGUUUGAUGUGGAUCUGAGCUCGGUGAAAGCCUCAAGAUGGAAAUGAAAAUAGAGCAAGUGGUUGUUGGAAAUGAAAUGAAGUCCUCUUCUGCAGAGACAAAAUCUGACCCUGUGGGCGGCCCGGAGUACUAUCACCAUGAGAGUCUGCAGUGUUUCCAUUGCCUGAUCAUUUUCAAAGAUCUCAAAUCCAAGGAGAGACACAUUAAGAGGAACCAUCGGGACGAGUACAAGCGUCAUCUGCAGCAGAAUAAUACACUCUUCAUGUGCUACAAGUGCAACAGCUCUUUCUCCACAACGGCAGAGCUCAGCCAGCACCAACCAACACAUUUUACCGAAGAAAAGCCAUUUUCCUGCUCCCUCUGUCAGGAAAGAUUCAGCACGUUUACCGAGCUGAACCAACACAGACGGAAGGAUUGCGGGGAGCGGCGUUUUCUUUGCGUUGACUGUGGCGCCAGGUUCCCCGUUCCCUUUCGACUCCGCAAACAUCGCAUCGCAAUGCAUCCCGAGAAAGAGGCGGCAGCCGAAGAUAUCGACAUGUUUCAGUGUUGUAAAUGUGGCGUUGUUUUCCAGACAGAAGACGAGCUCCUGCAGCAUCAGGAGGAAACCUCUGACUGCGAUCUUGAGGAGUCACGAGGCAAAAAGCGGCCCUGUGAACAUACGCCCGCUUCCCAAGAGGUGGAAGUUGAUAAGAAAAUCAAGCAAGAAGAUAGUGCAAAAAAAUACCGUGACUCGACUUCGUCUGUGGAGUGUAAAAUUCCCUGUCCUGAAGAUGACUGUAAUUGGAUGUUUGCCACAAUUGAAGCCUUGCGAGCUCACAAAAAAGACCUCCAUCGCCCUCGUCCUCUGAAAGCUCUCAGCUCUGAAUACUCCUGCCUUACCUGUGGGAAGAGCUUUGCAAGAGAAAGUACUCUAAAGGCUCAUCAAACCUCCCAUAUUAAGACAGAGAAGGCUGUUGAAAAGAGAUGAUACAGAAGGAGAAAACUUCCUCCUUUGGUGUCGCAUCAUCAUGUCAUUCACGUUGCUUAGUGAAGGAUUUCAGCAUGAUAUUUCAGAAUAAGUUUGUGAAGCAGUAUUAUGCACCACAUUGCCGAUUGUUUCAGGAAUGUUAUUUAUUUUUUCCUUUUUAACAUGGGUGUGUACGGGAACUUGAAAUCCUUGAAAAUGCUUGAAUUUCAAUCGGGUGCAAGGUUUCCCCCUGAAAACUUGCGAAGCCCGGUGGUUGGGGGCGAGGGCAGUCAUUCAUCCAGCAGCCUGUCGUGUUUUUGAGUUAAGAAAUGUUUAAACUUGACAGGAAAUUUGAAAAAAUGUCACUUGAUAAUUUUGUUUUAUUAAAAGAUUGGAAGAUUAAUACCUGAACACCAACUAUAAAGUCUUAAAAAAUGCAAACAUUUUUAAAAGACUUAAAAAAAAUAAGCAAUGCUUAGAUUGGUGGGGGCACAAAUAAAGCAUGGUGGCCCGCCAGGCUUGUAAUACACUGGGGGAAACCCUGAAGUGUUUUCAAGGUUUGUAAAGUGCUUCAUUGAUGUAAAAAAAAAAAAAUCCUUAAAAGUGCUUAAUAUUCUAUUCGGAAAGUUUUGUAAUAAACAUUUAGGAGAAAAGACUCCUUAACUGAAAGUCAAGUAAUUAUUUAUGUCGUGUCUGAGCAUUUAAUUUGAGAAACCAAUGUGUUCAAUGUAAUGAAUAUUUAUUACUCAUAAUGGCUCAAUAAUUGAAAUAAAUUUGGCAUUUUAUUUGUGUUAAAGUUCUUGAAAUUGGGGGAUUUAUUUUCUUAAAUUUGUGUUUUGUUCUCAGACCAAUCAGGUGUCUGAGAAAUAAUUUUCAAAACAUAAAAUUUUGUUAGUUUAGUUUAGUUUGUCCCUUACAUAUAGGAUACUGUCACAGAACAUUACUCAUAACGGUAAUAAAUUAUGCCAUAUAAUAGUGAACUAUUUGGCAUAAUUGGCAUAAUAUUGAAUAGUUGGACAAAACAAUACAAUAUUCAUUUGUAUUGUUUUGUUGGAAAAGUUUGAAAGCUUAUCUUGAAAAUGCCUGAAAAGUGCUUGAAUUUUAUUGUUGGAAAAGUGUACGAACCCUGUUUAACAAAAUACCGUACACUGAAAACCUACCUUUCUGUGUAAAUAAUCAGGAUUUAUUUUUACAAAGCAACAAUCUCACAUGUCAUUGUUCGUGUUGCCUUUUUUUUAUCCUAAAAGUUUUAUGUUGAUGGUGAAAUAGCCAAGUGAUUCUUCUUUGGGUUGUGGGAAAUACUUUGUAGUUAAGUAUUUGAUUUCAGCUAAAUGUGUAAACGUGGCAUUGGAACUGUAUCUCAUAACAUAACCAUAAUAAAAUAUGUUUAAAAAAAAACAGCUCUGAAUACUCCUGCCUUACCUGUGGGAAGAGCUUUGCAAGAGAAAGUACUCUAAAGGCUCAUUUAGAGUACUUUCUAAGUGAAAGUACUCUAAAUGAGUACUUUCAUUUAUAGAACUCUGCACCGACAAGUGUUUUUUUUGUCUUUAUGUUUCUGCAGCAAAGUAGUUGGUGUCACUUCAGAGUUUGCCUUAAUAUCAGUCAAUUUCUUAUGAUGCAAACUAUUUUGUGGAGUACACCACUCUUUUUUGAAACUAACAGCAUGAUGCCAUGGGCAUGGUGCUCUUUGGCUUGUGGGCUUAUUUUCUAUAAAUAUGACAUAAGACAUCAAUUUUAGUUUUAUCAGAUCGCCAUGUCACCACUCCAAAAAUUAAGGGCCCUGUCUUCUGAGUGCGUUUUCAACCUAAUUUGGCUUUUGUUUAUUAUGUAAUGGCUUCUUUCUCGAUGAAGGUCCUU